AUGUCCAAAAAUGUUAUGUUCAGCAUCGCGAAGCAACAGCUUCUUGAUCCAAGUGCUUCUUUUUUCCUCGGCGACUCUGGGUGCACAUUCUCACAGGUUGUAGAUCGCUUGGGUGCCGCGAAGGAUGUUGAUGGUGUCUUCAAGCGGCACCCUGAUAUGGAUCCUGGCCACCAUCGUCUCCACCUGGGCACGCGUCAAGAGAACGUCGACCACAUCAACUGUGAUAUGUGGAAAGGCGACAUCAUAUCUGGCCGAUGUGAUCUCCCAUCAGCAUGGGCUACUGGUCGCGAGAUGGCACUUGCUAUUCUUAGUGUGAGUCAGAUCGAUCCCAUCAACUUCUCCUUCCUCGACCUCUUUCGUGAUCCGGGGAUUGAUAUGUUACGCCCCUUCGGAGAGAAUAAGUACUUCAGGAUCUCGACCUCUGCAGAUGAAGACCUUGUACCCGUUGUGCCUGCUGCUCCUGCGCAUAGCGCAAUCGCCCCCUUCCCAUUCACUCACACCGACACCGGCACAAUAGACGAGGUCCAUUCCAAGGAAGAAGAAGAACUUAUGCUCACGUUCGAAGAAGCACUGGCUUCUGAGACCUCUGACGCACUCUCAGAUCACCCCGCCCCCUUCAUUGAUCCAUCAGCUCCUCCAUUGCCUGAGGGCCCUGGAAUACGUCCAGCCGAUUACCUUCUCUUUAAGGGUCGCUGGAUCCACAAGCAGACGAUCUGCCGGUUGCGUGUUCGGGCAGGAUAUACCAAAGUCAAUCGCCAGAUUGACAUGUCCAUGGGCUGCAUCACUGACUUCAAUUCAUUCCUUGUCGGGGACAUUUUUGUCACGCUUCUUCGAUCCGAUCAAACUCUAUCUAUCACCGUGCUCCAUUCGACAUCAAUCUUGCUCAACAACGUCUCCUGUGCAUCGAUCAACGCAACUAUAAUGAAAUCUACUCGAACCACAGCAAAGGUAACCGGACAACUCCUAACUAUCCUGCCAACACACCCUUCCCCCGAGUCACUCCAACUUUCGUUCCUGUGGAACGGAGGUUAUGUCAAGGUGCACUCUGCUAUUCAAGGUACGACAGAUUCAAUGGAACGGGUUGUUAGUAUCAGCGUGAUCGGAUCAAUGAUUGAACUGAUCAAUCCAGAACUGACAUUCAUUUGUCUUCGCAAUGACAUUGACACCGACGACUUCUCCGAGAUCAAAGGCGGACAGAGUACUUGGCAGGUGGCGGCUGAUACACUACAGGCCGCUUGUGAUCUUCUGUGGGCCAAGGCUGUCGACAUGAAGUUUCCCUUGAACUCAUUCUCAUCCGUCUCUCCUUCUGAUUCCAAGAACUUUCCUUAUCGAUUGGCCCACAGUACUCCAGCUAUUAUAUCCGUCGAAGCAAUGAGCGUCUCUGACAUGCGCUGUCACGUCGGCAUGCACAUCUUGCGAGCUUUGACUAAGACACCCGAGAAGACUAGUCUAAAGGAACCGGUCGGUGCUGUACUCCCAUGCGGCUUCUGUGGUCGUUCUGGAAUGCCUCAAUGCGCGGUCACGAUCCUCGUGAAAGGGGAUGCAGCGCCCACCUGGGAAACAAAGUGCAUCUAUAAGCACAUUUUCAGGUAUGGGUCCACAAUUGUGGGGUCGAAGAACACACCAUCUCGCAACGUCCCCAUGAAAUGUGAGCUAUGUCACCCUACACUGCCUCCCCAACCCGGAAGGACCUCGCGAAAGGUGCAGGCAGUAUCUGUCGAUGCUGUUUGGCACUAUAAUAUGGCCGAGCACCUUGUAACUGCACACGAGGAGUAUGUCAUCCCUGGACAUUGGGAGACCGGGGUUCCUUUACCAUCCGGUGUCUUGGCGGCUAUGACAUUUUCAGAGCUGGAGCAGAAGGCCGCGCAUAUUCCAAAGGAGCACUGGCCGACACCAUAUGACCACACGGAGAAGGAGAAUGUCCCGGCGUCUAUAUCACGUCCCUCCAAACGCCCUGCCUUGAAUUCCGCAAGUUCGAUGCCUGCCAAACAAGCUCGUAUGGCCGUUCAACCUCUUCAUUCCGCACACACAUUGGUAGUUUAA